AAUUUCUAACAUUUUCCCCACAGAUAAUGUAAAUAUAAUGAAAAUUCACAUUUCAGAGCAGAGCCCCUUUCCCUUGAAUUCAUACACUGUUCUCCGCACAUUAUUAGCCAGAAAUUUGUUGCAUAUGUGCCAAAAACCUUCCUACUCAGAGAGAGAUAUUUAAAAAACUGAAAAGGUGGAGUUGGGUUUGGACUAUAUAAGCUGAUGUUGGAGUUGAGAUUUUCCAAUGCUAUGGAUGUUGGGAAUUUUAUCAGUGUCAGCACCUUCCUCUCCAAUUCAUUCACCAGUUGCAGCCGUAGCUACUUCCAUUCUCCAUCACCAUAUUUGUCUCUCUCUCUUGUCUCUUUGGGCUCCCAAUUCAUCUCUCAAAAUGAUUUCUUCCAAUCCCUUAAAAAUUGACUCUUUCCACCGUUUAAUCCCAAAGAAUUUGUCUUUAGCUAUUUAUCAAGAAGAGAGAGCUUGAUUCUUGAAUCUUAUGGAAGAAUAAACCAUCCCUUUUUCUGAUCUUACCCAAAUUCAGCAGCUCUUUUUCCUUUUUUCUUGAAAAGUUGGGAGCUAUUUUUUUUGUCAGCACCAAUUUGUUUUUGCAAUUUAUUUCUUUUUAUAUUUGAAGAAAAUGAUGUGUGCUUCAUUGAGUAAUCAGCAGAUGACAAAGAUGAUGACUGCAUCUUCCUUAGCUCUGCCUUGUAGCAGGUAUGAUUUUGGUGGAUGUUGGAUUGGUUGUGGUAAAGGGAAGAGUGCUGCUUCCACCAGAAAUGCUGCAGUCAAGAAGAUGAGGUUGAGCAUUUCACCUCUGGCUUCUUCUGCUGCCUUAGAUCACUCUCCCAAUAUGUCAAGACCCGAUUUCUACAAGGAGGUGCUUGAAUCUGCUAGAGACAAGUUCACUAUGGAGAUAUCUUUCCAAUCCAAGGAUAAAGAUAUAUCACUUGCAAAGGCUUUGCUCUAUGUUGCCGCGGAAGAUGAGGCGUAUCUGGCUCUCAAUCGUGAGAUGGAUGCUCGUUCAAUCCACAAUGAGAGGAAAGAUACAUCGUCGCCACCUGAUGCCCAAGGGUGGGAUUCCGUGGAGUCCAUGCCAAUGGCUGGAAAUAAUAUAAAUGGGUGGUUGGCGGAGCUGGACACCAUAGCUAACGAGGUUAAGGCCGAGUUGGUUCCAAGAGAGAUCGGAUGUGAUAUGGGAGAAGUGUUGGAUGCAGUGAACAAAGUCCUCUUCGAGUAUAGAGGUUUAAAGAGGUCACCCGUCUUAGUAGAUUCGAAGUGCUCAUACCUGCACUCAGCAUUAAGCUCUGGUGGCGCCAGCGCAAUCUUGCUUAGUGUCGUCUACAUUGAAGUUUGCCAAAGACUCAAUCUUUCUAUUGUGGGAUCUCGUGUCGGGGAAGAUUUUUUGAUAUGGCCCCGGACCGGAAAUCCUGAGGAGUUGUUCAAAGUGAUCUCAGGGCACAGCUUGUUCGCGGUUGUCAACGGGAAGUGCGUGGACGAUCCAUGGUCUAGGGCCUCAGAUGUGAAUAGCAACUCACUUUUGGGGCUAGACGUUGCAACCAACCGAGAUAUCAUUGGAAUCACUCUAGCCAAUUUAAUUCGGCUUUACUGGAAACGUGCUUCGAGAACGAACCACGGGUUGAUGCUGACUUCUCCUCUCCGCUGUGUCCACAACUCUGAGGAGAAGCUCAACAAGAGCAUGCCUCUACUGCGCCCUCAGGAGCUGAGGCUCGCGAUCAUGGCUUCGGAGAGGUUACUGAUCCUUCAGCCGCACAAUUGGGCUAUAAGACGAGACUAUGGCAUGUUGCUCUACUACAGCCGUGAAUAUGAGGCCGCGGUUCAAGAGCUCAGCAUCUGUAUGGCCUUUGCACCGGAAGAAGAAGCCGAGGUUCUUGAGCCUUUUGUCGAGAAGCUGCAUCUCAUGCGGCUUGAGACGUCGUGGAACGCGUUGGGACAAAAUGGCCGGUUAACGGUGCCUUGACCCGAUUUUUUCUUCGGCGUCGUUUCUAUUUGUAUAUGAACCUUCAUCACUCAUAAGUGCAACCUUGAUUUCCUGUUUCA